AUGCUCAGUGGCUCUUCAUUGCUGGUGGAAAAGGAGAGCGCAAUAGGCAAGAUGGAAGGAUGUUACAAAGUGAAGAGGAUCAAGGAAAGUGGGGGAGCAAAGGUGAUCCUAGGGAUGGCUAUGACACAGGACAGCAAGACUGGAGCAAUCACGCUCUCCCAAUGCCUCUUUGCUGAAUGGACACUUGAAUGCCUUGGUAUGUCAGACCGCAACCCAAGAUCGACACCUCUCCCCUGCGGGAUCGAGCUCUCGGAGCUUAACGCCCCUCGUACUGAUGACAACAUGCUCUUCAUGAAGGACAAGCCAUACUGA